AUGAUUAGGAAAGUUCUUCGAGGAUACGGGCGAACAUGUGACGAACUGGCCAAAGAACAUUUGGAACAUGAAGUGCAAGUUGAAGUGAACAUUCUGGCCCCGUUGAGUCGAUUCCUUGAUCAUGACUUCCCGUCGCUAGCCAAACACAGGAACAAAUUGAAUAAACUCGUGGCCGAUUUCGACAACGCACGUUCUCGGUUAUCGCAUGCGGAAAAGAACAUGACAGAACAAACAAAGAUUGACACUUUACGUGACGAAGUAGAAGAUCUCCAGUCGAAAUUCAUCAAUUGUCGUGAUUCGUUUGCUGGUGAUAUGUACGAAAUGCUAGCGAGAGAAUCUGAAGUUGCUCAAUUGAUAAUUCAGUUGUCCAGGGAGCAGAAGAAGUAUCACGAAAUGUCUUUGCGAUCGUUGCAAGAUAUGCUUCCGGAACUUGAAUCCAGCAUCAAAGAGAAUCCUAGUCAGCGCGCUUGGGGCACGUCGUUGAACGAGCACUUGCGUGUUACGGGUCGGGAAAUUGCUCUUCCGCUCGAAUUUUGUGUCCGUGCCUUGCUGAGAAACGCCAUGAAAGAAGAAGGUCUCUUCAGAAUCGCUGGGACGAGAGAAUCUGAAGUUGCUCAAUUGAUAAUCCAGUUGUCCAGGGAGCAGAAGAAGUAUCACGAAAUGUCUUUGCGAUCGUUGCAAGAUAUGCUUCCGGAACUUGAAUCCAGCAUCAAAGAGAAUCCUAGUCAGCGCGCUUGGGGCACGUCGUUGAACGAGCACUUGCGUGUUACGGGUCGGGAAAUUGCUCUUCCGCUCGAAUUUUGUGUCCGUGCCUUGCUGAGAAACGCCAUGAAAGAAGAAGGUCUCUUCAGAAUCGCUGGGAGCAGUUCGAAGGUACGACGGCUCCGCAGCGCCUUAGACAUUAGCGUGACGGAUAUUCCAGAGCUUAACGAUCCACACGUGUUCGCCUCCGCGUUGAAGUCGUACCUGAGGGAGCUACCAGAGCCUUUAAUGACCUACAAUUUGUACAGAGAUUGGCUGAAAGUUCUCGACGUGAAAGAGGAAGCUGAGAAAGUUGCGCAGAUCAAGAAGUUGGUUGAAAGGCUGCCGGAAUCUCACAGAAUGAACUUGCGUUACCUGAUGAAAUUCCUCGCUCACCUCUGUCAAGGUCAAGAGGUGAACAAAAUGAGCAGUCAAAACGUGGCGAUCGUCAUGGCCCCGAACCUGAUGUGGUCCCCUUCAGACGGAACCAGUAAUACCAUGACAAUGAACAUGAACGAAAAUGGAAUCGUUUGCUCGGUAGUGGACACAAUGCUGAUGCAUUGCAAUGAAAUCUUCCCCGGUGAUGAAAACUUCAAGCGUACCAAUCUACCCGAUUACGAAUGUUCGUCGGAAGCAGAGGAAAGCUCUCAGUCGCUUGGCCAUAGGCGUAACGUGAGCAACGAAGGCGUUGUUGACGAUUCGACUCAGUCUUCGGGUACUAGUCAUAGUCCGACGAUGCCGCCAGCUAGUCCUCGGCAAGGUGUGCGAAGGAAGAAUAGAAACGCGCCAGUUCCACCAAGGCCACAAAAGCCUCCACCUCCGAAGCCAGGUGCAACAGCAACCACUUACUCGCCCGUGGCAGCCAUUACUUCCGCAAUGACUUCCGCAGCGAUGACGCCUGUCACUUUGCAGCAUUUAGCGAGUGCUGCGAAUGACACUCCGAGUCCCAAACAAGAUCCAGUGCAUAUUGCUGCUGAACACGUGCGAAAUGAAGUGGCGGCUGUCGGCGAAGACGAGAAGAAGCUAGAGUCGAGUGUUGAAGAUGAAGAUGAUGAUGUGGUUGUCGUGCAGAUGCGACGUCAUGAUAUCGGAUUUGAGGCGUUGUUGGAGGCGACAAAACCGGAUGCGGAUACACCUGUCACUGCGACGACAAGCAAACCGAUUAUUGCUAAACAGAAACCCGAGUUACCGGAGAGAGUGAAUUCCGUAUUAAGCAGCAGUUCUUCGAUUAGCAGUCAAAGUAGGCCUGCUUCGAAUUGUUCAAUGUGGGAAUCAGCAGAGCGUCCUGUUCCAGCUGAACGAAAACAUGUCCGGCAAAGUUCUGGACCCAUCGAGCUUCCGGUUAUUCGCCCAAAGCCUGCUAUUCCAGGAAGGCCGACUGUCCUGAAGAGGAAUAGCAUGCUCGAGAAAGGAACGCGAGUUUUGCCAGUUCGAGGGCAAACAGGGGUUACAGUUGAUGAUUCGGAGGUUGGGAUGACUUCGACUAACGCUUCAAAAAAUGGGGGCGUUAAAACUGAUGGCGGACUGCAAAAGGCUGAAGUGGUGACGUCAAAUUCUCCUCCACCACCUGCUUUACCAGUGAAGACGCGAGCUGCAUUCUCUUCCCGAACUGAGAUCAAGUCCGAUUCCGUAGCUCCUAAUCUGGAUUCGCCGCCAUCUGAAGCAUCACAUGAGCUCUCAUUGAUGUCGGAAAUGGAUGACGUAGAGGAAACCUCGAAGCGCAAGGGGUUUCAGCGGGCGCUGUUGAAGCGGAUGAAAACUUGGUCCGGGCGGCCAUCUUUCCUUACUCCAGUAGGGCAGAGGAGGAUGUCGGAGAAAUGUAACUAA